AUGGCCGUCGAGGAGUACUUCAAGCAGGGAGCGCAUCGCCAAGGCUCAAGAGUGACCUGCACGUCACUUCCGCCUAUAUACUUCCAGCAUGCCGAUGAAUCGCUCAAGCCAUAUCGCCGGGGCGCCAAGUACCUCCGACGAUACCGCGAGUUCGAAAUCCUGAGCCGAAUCGCCGUGACCUCGACAGUGCACAAUAGCUCUUGA